AUGUCACAACCGGGAUCCGACGAGGAAGGGAAGAGAAAGCGGGACAAAGUGGGAGAGUUUCUAAAGAAGAAUUACACCAAGGGUGAACUCGCCUUAAAGCAUGCCGUAGGCCUAGGCCAAACCCCCAAUGUCAUCCCCAUCACACAGCCCGUCAUCAAUGGCUCCUCCCGCGUCGUCGAGGUCGGCUGGCACCCCGUCGGCGGCCUCGCCGGCAAAUGGUUCGCCGAGGAGACGGGCCUGGGAAAGUUGAUUACCGAGAAGAUCAACAAGUAUCCCGAUCCCACCCAGCACUGGGCCGUCCUGGUCGGCGACUAUGCCCACCAGCUGUGGAUGGAUGAGAGCUUUCACGUAAUCUACACAAAUGAGCGGUACAAGCGCGAAGAGUGGCGCACCUUCACCGUCGGUGCGACGACCUUCAACGACGACGCCAUCCGUCGCGCGGGCGAGUACGUCAUCCAAAGCAUCAGGUCGCGGCACCCGGCCUACAACCUCAUCACCAACAACUGCCAAACCUACGUCCUGGAGCUCCUCGACGCCGUAAAGGUCGACGGCCACAAGGACUUUGGCACCACCCUUGCCGUGUACGAGAGACUCUUUGGCGCCGGCAAGGUCAUUGACCUCUUCGCGGACGAGCAGAAGCCGGAGCAGCAGAACCAGGUCCCCAUGCUCGAGGCCCCGCCGCCGCCGCAAAGCUACGCUCUGCCGCCGUCUCCGGCCUCUCCGCCGCCGCCGCCGUCUGGACAACACCCGUAUCCGCCGCAGUACCAGUACGCACUCCCUCCACUACCGCCGCCUCCGGGUCCUCCGGCGCCGGGUCCACCGCCACCGCCUCGUCCACCGGGUCCCCACCCGGGAACCGUGUCGCAUGCUCAGCAGGUCAUGAACGACAACACCACGCUGCUCGAUACCCAGGAAGAGGCCAGCAAGUCGAGGGGGCUCAAGAAGGAAAAGGACAAGGAGAAGGAGCCCAAGAAGAGCUUCUUCUCACGGUUCACCCGGAAAUGA